UCAGGUGCAGAGCUACCAUGGGAAACACCACCAGUGAUCGAUUGUCUGGGGAACGCCAUGGCUCCAAAUCUCACCGCUCCGAUGGAGCCAGUAGCACCCAUUCCACGAAGGAUCAUCCCCACAAGAUCAUGGUGGGCAGCACUGAUGACCCCAAUGUUUUCAGCACCCUUGACUCCAAGCUUGCUGGGGAGAAGGAGUUUAUGUCAUGGCAGCAUGAUCUGGAAGAGUCAGUAAAGCCUUCACAGCAGGCUCGUCCCACUGUCAUACGCUGGGCUGAUGGAGGCAAGGAGGUCUUCAUCUCUGGGUCUUUCAACAAUUGGAGUGCCAAGAUCCCACUCAUCAAAAGCCACAAUGACUUUGUUGCUAUUCUGGACCUGCCCGAGGGCGAGCACCAAUACAAGUUUUUUGUGGAUGGCCAGUGGGUUCAUGACCCUUCCGAGCCUGUGGUCACCAGCCAAAUGGGCACCAUUAACAAUCUGAUUCACGUCAAGAAGUCUGACUUCGAAGUAUUUGAUGCAUUAAAGGUGGAUUCUCUGGAGAGCUCAGAGACUUCAUGUCGAGACCUGUCUAGCUCCCCGCCAGGACUCUAUGGCCAGGAAAUGUAUGUGUAUCGACCGGAGGAGCGCUUCAAAUCUCCACCCAUCCUCCCUCCUCACCUCCUCCAAGUCAUUCUCAACAAGGACACCAACAUCUCUUGUGACCCAGCUCUUCUACCGGAGCCCAACCAUGUCAUGCUCAACCACCUCUAUGCACUCUCCAUUAAGGACGGCGUGAUGGUGCUCAGUGCCACUCACCGCUACAAGAAGAAGUAUGUCACCACUCUGCUGUACAAGCCCAUCUGAUCGUGUGUCUCGCCGCGUAGCACACAAGGAAUGCCAUGUUGUCUGCACGCAGUGGGCCACAGGCCUAAGAAUAACUGGUGGUUGGCUCUAGCUGAACCUGGCAGGGGUGGAAGGGGAUGAGCCCAGCCCUGUUGGAUGUCUGAGCUAUUCCCUCUGUAUUCUGUUGGUGAGAUUUGAUUUCACCCUUUCGUACCCUGCCUCUGUCGGGUCCUCUGGCUUUGCUGAGUUCCCUGGCUUGGUCUACUGCCUGCCAGCUUGGCUCCCCAUGGGGGAGUCACAGCAGGGAAGGAGCUGUCGGAAGCUCUUCCCCAGCUCCUCUGUCUGUAAGGGCUUUGGCCAGUUCCUCCGGCAGUUGCCUGCGGUGGGGCAGAGCCAUGUCACUCUCCCUUUGCACCCCAUGCCAAGGCCCUCUAGAAUGGCCUGCUUCAGGGCAGAGUAUUGGGGGGGGGGGGUGCACCUGAGCUCUGCAGGCCUGGGCUGGCUUCUUACCUCCCUGCACUUAGCUAAUGGGACUGGAAUGUGCACAUGGCUCCCCUGAGAAGAGACCAGGGUUAGAGAGAGAGAGAGAGACACAUAC